CACAUUCACCGGAGAAAUAACGCCGCCGUUCACUCUCUCUCCUACCUUUAUCUUCAUCCCUUUUCCGGUGGUUCGAAAGAAUUGGGAAUUUCAAGCAGAUAAUAUCGUGAUUCAAUACGACUGUGUGAUGGAUGUUACAGAGAAACGCAUGAAUAAGAAGGAGAGGGCCAAAGAGCGUAGAGAGAAACGUCGUGAAGAGAUCUCUCUCCUCCGUACCAUUCCUUAUUCCGAUCACCAGAGGUGGUGGUCUGCAAAAACAAUAGCUGUAGUGACCGGUGCCAAUCGAGGAAUUGGAUUUGAGAUUGCACGCCAACUUGCGUUACAUGGGUUGACGGUCAUUCUUACUGCCAGAGACAUUGCCGUGGGUGAAGAAGCAGCUAGGGUCCUACGUGAAGGAGGCUUGAAAGUUGUCUUCCAUCAACUCGAUAUCGUAGACCAUGAAUCGAUUGAUUCAUUUUGUGCUUGGGUAAAGGAAAAGUAUGGUGGUAUAGAUGUUUUGAUAAAUAAUGCUGGAAUAAGUUAUAAUACCGGCUCAGAUAAUUCUGUCGAGUUUGCAGAAAAGGUGAUCAAAACCAACUAUGUUGGCACGAAAAAUAUGACUAAAGCUGCGAUCCCAUUGAUGAGGCCUUCUGCUGAAGGUGCUCGGGUUGUUUUGGUGAGCUCACGACUGGGAAGGCUUAAUGGCAGGAGAAAUAGGAUUGGUGACGUCGCCUUGAGACAACAAUUACAAGAUGUGGAAUCGCUAUCGGAGGAUCUAAUCGACACGACAAUGAACAAGUUCUUGGAACAAGUCAAAGACGGGAGUUGGAUCUCAGGAGGAUGGCCUCAAAACAAUACCGACUAUUCCUUAUCGAAGCUCGCGGUUAAUGCUUACGCAAGGCUUACGGCCAGGAUACUCUCGGAAAAACCCGAAGGCGAGAGGAUAUAUAUCAAUUGUUGUUGCCCAGGUUGGGUCAAGACCGCCAUGACCGGCUGGGCAGGCCUAACGUCACCCGAGGAAGGAGCCGAUACACCCGCAUGGCUUGCCUUGCUUCCAAACCAAUCUAUUAGCGGCAAAUUCUUUGCUGAAAGACGUGAGAUAAACUUCUGAAAGCGGGUUCUGUCAAGUAAGACCCUCGUAAGUAGAUGAAUACGAAGAAUUUCUUUGAGAAUCCUACGAGAUCCGUUCGUUCUUUUUUCUCUGAAAGAUGGUCAGAACUUAUCUGUGCUCGAAUCCUACUGAAAAGUCCAAUAGAGUUCAGAAAUUGUUAAAGACCAACAAAAUCUUUCGAGAGGUCCAAUCGAGUUCAGAAAUGUUUAAUAGUUACGUUUUACAUUAUUUUUAGGGUCUCGUGGGAUUUGUCAAGCUGCGUGCAAGCCCGCAAUGGCCGUGGUAUGGGGUAUAUCGUCACCAUGAUCGAGGGUGUCGUUGGAGGGGAAGGACCAUGAUGCAAGGAUAAAUAUCUGUUGUCACGAAAUCAAACGUCUCGUCUCUAUCCAACCAAUGAAAUUGGGACACCUCAUAUAUUCAUAUUAUUUGUAUUGUAUAAGUUUUAUUUCAUAAAUUUUUAGAUUUUACAAAAACACCCUUAAAUUUUGUAUUACUUUUAAUUAAACCGAGCCAAACGAAUCUAUAUGAUAUUUAGAUGUCGGGUUUGAAGAUGAAA